AAAAAAUUAUUCCCCGACUUUGAUCGUCCGACAUGUUAAAUUCACCUAUGCACUGUCACUUAAACCUGCUGAAAUAGGAUUUGAUAAACUAGACUCCAGUGAUUACAAGUUGUUUCGUGCACAGCCUCAUCAAUCUUUGUUGAUUUUCGUUAGUGAGACAGAGCGUUCAGUGUGUAAUUUGAAAAAAGUCGAUUUCUCGUUUUAGCCAGGGUGUAUCGAGUAGUUUUUCAGUAGACCGACAGAGGAACACGAUUACACACAAAAAAAUUAGCCAGGUUCUAUUUUUAAUGUAGUUUUGCAUUGUACAUCAUUAAAGUGAAACUGCUACAGUGGUUGAGCUAUUUUUGAAAAUUGCGAAUUAAAAAUAACUACGGUGUCUGUGAGACCUUAAAGUUAGGUAUGUUGCGAAGCCAUUUCUGCGAUAUUUUUAUGGAUGAAUAAAAAAAUCACUCCAAUUUCUAACCUCAGUGUUGUGUUGAUGUGUUCUGUUUGUUUUAAGAAGUGCAUUGCAAUCAGCAGUGAUGAAUAAGAACACUAGGGGUUAGUUGACGUUAAGAACUUGAAGAAGUGUUUUAGAAUAGCCACGGUGGCUUCAGGCCCGGAUUGUGGCCCAGUGGCCGCCGACAAGGGGGCUGAUUGUUGGUGGUCCCCACUGGCGGCCAUGGGCUGCUUUGGCAAUCGGGAUGCUGCCCAAGCAUCAGAUGAUAUGAGGACUCAGAAACGUAUAAGUGACCAAAUAAACAGGCAGUUAGCCAAAGAAAAGCAAGUUUACAGAGCUACACACCGACUACUGUUGUUGGGUGCUGGUGAGAGUGGAAAAUCCACCAUUGUGAAGCAGAUGAGGAUACUUCAUGUAGAUGGAUUCAGUGAAAGAGAGAAAAAGCAGAAAAUAGAAGACAUUAAGAAAAAUAUUCGAGAUGCCAUUAUUACUAUAACCGGUGCAAUGUCAACUCUGACGCCGCCGGUGCAACUUGAAAAGCCAGAGAAUCAGGUCCGCGUCGACUGGAUACAGGACUGCGCCACCGGUCCAGAUUUCGAUUACCCUCCGGAGUUCUACGAACACACAGAGGCUCUCUGGAAAGACAAAGGUGUUCAGCAAACUUACGAGAGAAGUAACGAAUAUCAGCUCAUCGAUUGUGCGAAAUAUUUCCUCGAUCAAGUUAGCAUAAUUAAGCAACCCGACUAUACGCCUACAGAGCAGGAUAUCCUGAGGUGUCGUGUGCUCACCAGCGGCAUCUUCGAGACGUCCUUCCAAGUCGACAAAGUCAACUUUCACAUGUUCGAUGUAGGCGGUCAGAGGGACGAAAGACGUAAAUGGAUACAGUGUUUCAAUGAUGUAACAGCCAUCAUUUUCGUCACCGCAUGUAGUUCAUACAACAUGGUUCUCAGGGAAGAUCCUACGCAGAACCGGCUCAGGGAAAGUCUUGACCUGUUCAAGUCCAUAUGGAACAAUAGAUGGUUGCGCACCAUUUCCGUCAUUCUUUUCCUCAACAAACAGGAUCUCCUGGCGGAAAAAAUUAUGGCAGGGAAAAGUAAACUAGAAGACUAUUUCGCCGAUUUUACGAGGUAUCAGCCGCCACUCGAAGUGGUUAAUGACACCAAUGAUCCACCAGAAGUGUUUCGAGCCAAGUACUUCAUCAGGGAUGAAUUUUUGCGCAUAAGUACAGCCUCCGGCGAAGGUAAACAUUAUUGCUACCCGCACUUCACCUGCGCCGUCGAUACGGAGAAUAUCAAGAGAGUGUUCAACGACUGCCGCGACAUCAUACAGCGUAUGCAUCUUCGCCAAUACGAACUCUUAUAACCGCCCAGUACGACUUUUCCCAUAGCUUCGUUUCGUGUCUCCAGCGCUUCUUACUAACCGACGAAAUAGAAACAACUCGACGUUGCUGGCCCAGACGGGUAAACGGGUAAAUUUCUUUCCGGGAACUGCAGGUUGCUGCGGAAAGUCGAUCCCGACAAAAACAAGACGAGAACUGUUCGGUCAGAUUCGUUCCUUCCAUUUCGAUGAAAAUAUUCGAUCAUCUUUUUUACGAUGCACUUAUGUCAUUAGACAACAUGUUAGGAAUACUGUACAAGGCGCAGCAGUUUGCGUUACUAAUUUCGGAUCAAGAGAGAAUUAUACGUGUAUUUUUUGUUUCUUCAUUGGGGUUUUGAGGCAAGGUGUCAGGCACAGUAUAAGAGAUUUCUA